AUGCCUCAGCUUGUAGGAAAGGAAGUUGGACCCAUCGGCUACGGCCUCAUGGGCCUCACCUGGCGCAUUAACCCUGUCACAACGGAGGCUGCCAUUGAGACUAUGCACGCUGCCCUGAAGAACGGGCUGAACUUCUGGAACGCAGGCGAGUUCUACGGAACCCCCGAGUACAACUCUCUGCAUCUGCUGGAGCGAUACUUUGCCAAGUACCCAGAGGACGCAGACAAGGUUGUGCUCUCCGUCAAGGGCGGCUACAGCGCCCAGACGGGCAUGGAUAGUUCGCCUGAAGGAAUCCGCAGGUCUAUCGACAACAGCAUCAGCCUUCUCAAGGGUCGCAAGAAGAUCGACAUCUUCGAGGUCGCUCGCCGUGAUCCGAACAUCCCUUUGGACGUCACCUACGGCACCAUGGACAAGGAGUACGUCCAGACUGGCAAGAUUGGCGGCAUUGGCAUCUCAGAGGUCAAGGCCUCCACACUUCGGGAGGUUGCCAAGAUCACCAAGAUUGUAGCCGUCGAGGUUGAAUUGUCACUCUUUUCUACUGACCCCCUUGACAACGGUCUUGUGGCCGCCGCGAAAGAGCUGGACAUCCCAAUUGUCGCCUACUCACCACUGGGACAUGGAAUUCUCACGGGGCAAAUCAAGACAAUCAAGGAUCUCCCGGAAGAGCUGCGCGGCUACCCACGAUUUCAAGAAGAUACUUUCCCCAUCAACAUUGAGCUGAUCCAUCACGUGGAGGCUAUUGCGAGCAAGAAAGGUGUGAAGCCGUCACAGUUAGCCAUCAACUGGGCAAGAGCUGUCACGCGGAGGGCUGGAGUGACAGCCAUUCCCAUCCCCGGCGCCACCACAGUUGCAAGAGUAGAGGAGAACUCCAAAUUGGUUGACCUUACCGACGAUGAUCUCAACGAGUUGGACGAAAUCUUGAAGAAGAUCGAGGUCGUUGGUAGACGUUACCCUGACUUCAUUCCUAUAGAUGGGUAG